AUGUUUCGAACUCGAUAUUUGAACAAUGUCAGAAGUUUGAUAGUGAUACACUUUCACCCCGUCGGAGUGGCGCGAAGCAUUACGAUCAAUGCCAUCGCGUCUAAUAAGCCUCCUACAAAUUGCGUCAGUUGGAACCGAACGGCCGGUUUCGCCAGCGUGUCCACGCCUUCGCCAAAUAAGAGGAAAAUGGCUGAUAAACUAAAUCAAGAUGAGCGGGUAAGCUUACUGAAUCCUCUAUUGGAGUCAGGAUGGAAAGUACAAAGUGAUAGAGAUGCUAUUAUGAAGGAGUUCCAAUUUAAAGACUUUAACCAAGCAUUUGCAUUCAUGACUAGAGUUGCAUUGCUUGCUGAGAAAAUGGAUCACCAUCCAGAAUGGUUCAAUGUUUAUAACAAACUGCAGGUAACACUGUCAUCCCAUGACUGUAAUGGUCUUAGCAAAAGGGAUAUUAGAAUGGCAAAAUUCAUGGAUGAGAACUUUAAAUGAUCAACUUUAAUUUAACUUAUAAAAACUAUGAAAAAGAAAUUACAUAUUACAUAAUUUCAACUUUCAUCUCAUAUUAUAUUGUCAUCUCAUAAUAAUUAAUUAUAAUAUCUAGUAGGUAAGUAAAAUAUUGUAUUGAUGUGAUGUUAAUAAAGACUAUGAAAGUUU